CGAAUUUUAUAUUAUUUUGUUUCAUAUUAUAUGGUCAUACAUAGAUGAUGUAUUACUGAUAUUUCGUCGAUGUGUCGUGAGACGAAUCUCGUCAGAAUCAUGAGACGAUGAAAAUAUUAAUUUAUAUCCACGGAGGAAAACCAAUAUUUGCAUAUAAACGAGAAGAGAAAUAUGUUUUCUAUUCUUUUAUUAAUCUUUUCGAUAUAAUGUAUGCACUUAAAAAAUCGAUUAUAUCUGUAAUUCAUUUCUUUCCAGCUCAAAACGGACCAUAAUUUGAUGGUCUCAGAAAGUAAAUCUCUCACAGAAAAGUUAACUUUUAUAGUGUUUAAUAAUAGAGAAAAAUGUGAACUUUACGAUAAAAGUUUAUUGGAUACGCUAGGUUCAAUAUUUAUUUAGAUAUCAACAUUUAUAUAAAAAGAAAAUCAAUCAAAUAAGCGCGGCUACUUUCAUAUUAUGCCUUCGAGAAGUUCGAACACAUUAGUCAAGCGUCUUCGAGUGGACCGCGGACUAUAAAGUGUUAAGACACAUUUUUUUUAGCACAAAACAAAACGUAUAUAGUAAUAUAAAUAAAUAUGUUAUUAUUAUCCGCCGAGUAAAUAUUUUAUAUGUUAUGGUUUAGAUAUUUCUCUACCCAGUAUACGGCUCUGCAGCUCGUCAUCUUUUUACGUAGUUGACGCACAAGUAGGGUGUAUCCAUUUAAAAAAAUAGGCUCCAAUUUUUCAAAAAAUCAUUGUAUUUUAGAAAAAUGUUCCGAAGAAAUGUUGUUUGGUUUUGAGUGGGACAUAUAUGACAAAUCAGUUUGACCUUACAUAACAAUUGCAGUUGCCACAUGAAAGUCAUAUUAAAAUUUUUUAUUCGAAAUUUCAAUUUCUUUAUUCUAGAUUUUUGUAGACAAGACCAAAUUUACUUUAUCACUUUGUGACCCUUUCAGAACCAAACAAUUUUUUGUUCUAAAUAUUGUUUCCUAAGACGCAGUAUUUCUACAUUUAAUAUAUUAAAAAAUAGGACAUCCUUAUAAUACUUAAUCAGCCAAUUAAACUUAUUUAUAAUAAGCUAUUUUGGUAGAAGUUGCAUGAAUAAUACCUUAUCUUUCAUCGUUUUCAUAAUAUCGCGAAUUCCUUCUAUUUCUAUCAUUCGAAAUAUGUUGGCGCUCUCUCUCCGUUUUUCAUUACAUACUGCGUAUAAGCAAAUACGACAAGACAAAGACAUGGGAUAUAGAAAGGAUGCAAAAUUAUACAAAAGACUGCAUAGCACUGAAGAAGGGGACGCGGAAUAGUGGUGGGCAGUUCGAAGCAAUAUCAGUCAAGUAUCGGUAGUUGUUCCAUUAGAUUCAUAUAAGCAACAUCGCAGGUAGUUUCUCUGAGUCGUUUCACUUCUCGCUCGAUCGAAAUUGACUGAUUAAGACACCGGGCACAAUCACCUGCGAACGAAGAACUUCGCGCGAUGGAACACUGGUCGUUACUGUUGUCGAUCGUGAUCGGCGCUCUCGGCAUCUAUUACUAUCUCUUCAAGAAGUUUAAUUUCUUCAAGAGACAUGGCGUCCUCCAUAUCCCGCCGAUGCCUGUGCUGGGAGUCAUGACCCCGGUGGUGUUCCGCCAGAUCUCGAUAGGCGAAUUCUGGCAGCGACUGUACAAUUUCCGGACGGACGCAAAGUACUACGGCUUUUAUGCCAUGACAAUGCCGAUCUUCUUGGUGCGCGACCCAGAGCUCCUCAAGGACAUCCUGGUCAAGGACUUCGAGAAGUUUCACGACCGCCGGCCCUUAUGCGACGUCAACGAACCGCUGAUGAACAAGAAUCUCUUCUCCUUGCAGGGGAGCAAGUGGCAAGGCAUCAGGACCGUGUUGACGCCGGCGUUCACCGGUCACAAGAUGAAGUUCAUGUACUCCCUGAUAUUGGAGUGCGCGGUGAACUUCGCGAGGUUUGCAUCGUCGUUGGCGGCGGACCAGAACGAUAUGGAUGCGAAGGAGAUGUUCAGCAGGUACACGAACGACGUGAUCGUCACGUGUGCCUUUGGCAUCAAAACAGAUACCAUAAAAAACCCGAAAAACGAGUUUUACGUUCACGGUCGCAACGGCACUAAAUUCUUCGAAACUUUUAUCGCUCUGCUGGCGUUCCUCAGGACCUUCUCGCUGGCGCGGAUCUUAAACUUGCGGAUGGUGGACGAGAAGGUGACGAAAUUUUUCCUAGACACUGUCAAGAGAGUGAUCGAGAAGCGCGACGCCGAGAAAAUCAUACGGCCGGACAUGCUGCAACUGCUGAUGGACACUCGCGGUAAAAGCGUGGCCGGCGAAGAACUCACUCUCGAAGACAUAACCGCGCACGCGUUCGUCUUCUACUUCGCCGGCUUCGAGAGUACCUCGACCACGACAUCCUUUUUGGCGUACGAACUCGCGGCGCACCCGGACGUGCAGGCGAAGCUGCGCCGGGAGAUCGACCAGACCUUGGAGGAGACUAACGGCCGGAUAACUUACGACGUGAUCAACCGGAUGAAAUACUUGGACGCGGUGGUCAAGGAGACUUCACGGAUGUAUCCGCCGACCUCGUUCUUGGAGCGCGUGUGCGCGAAAGACUACGAGCUGCCGCCCGCGUUGCCCGGCGAGAAGCCCUUCACCAUGAAGAAAGGCAUGGUGCUCUGGGUGCCGAUCUACUCGAUCCAACGCGACGACCAGUACUACGACCAGCCUGAGAAGUUCCUUCCGGAGCGCUUCCUCGACAACGUCAGCUACGAGAACUCGCCGUAUUUUAUGUCGUUCGGCCUCGGGCGGAGGAUGUGCAUCGGUUUCCGCUUCGCCAUGAUGACGAUAAAAGUGCUGAUGUUCCACCUGUUGGCGCGAUGCGAGCUGAAGCCCUGCGCCAAGACUUCGAUUCCGUUAAGGCUCGAAAAACAAAGUAUGCAAAUGUCGGCCGAGGGUGGAUUCUGGCUGAGUUUCCAGGCCAGGACCGACGUGCAUCCCGCACUCGAUUCCGCGGUGAUUGACGACGACGCCGUUGAUCCUUAAAAAGGUCGCGAACGAGCGAGCGGCCGGCCGGACGAAACAGUAGCGGCAUGCUUAUUGUCGUGUCAGUAGAAGUAUAAUCUCUCGCAUAUGAUGUUUAAAAAUAGAGCGCAAAAUGUCUUACUAAUAUAUGUAACGCGAUAUCACACAGAGAUAAACGCUGUUGCGUCAGUAAAAUUGACAAGCGACAACGUCGUGAUUUGAGCAAACCUUCUAAAUUCAAUAGCAGUAUUAUUGAACUCAUUAAACGAAAAUGUUAAAAUCGAUAUACUAUUUUGUUCUUAUCUUCUAAAGUCAUGUUAACCCGUAUGAUUAAUAAUGCAGAUUAAUGGACGCGAGAUGAAACUCGUAAAUGGUAGUUAAACUAAUCCAUAGACGCAUGAAUAAACGAAUAUUUCGGUUUUGAUUGCGACAUUGAUGCUUUCAGUAAUUUGCCUUCAUUCUUGGAUUUUGCAAAAUAGCGUCAAUAGCCGUGAUUUUCUGCUAAGUUUGAAUGCGUCUCUCAUUAAUAUGCGCACGCGCGUUGCCUACUGUUUUGUCUAAUAACUGCAUGAGAAUUGCGAUUAAUAAGAUUAAAUAUGUUGUAUUAUUAAAUAUUUAAUAUACAGCUCAAUUUUUUCGUGGAAUGUGUGCACUUCAAGACACACACUUCCGCAAAAAAUUAAGCCGUUCGUGUGAUCUGAUAUACAUCUUACGAGACGCAAACACGGAAAUCGAUGUGCGCGGCCGGACGGCCGCCUAUAUAAUUCAUUUCGCACAAUUGAGAGGAAAUAUCGCGGUUAUUAUCAAUAUUACGCGCGCGCAUAUUAAUGAAAGACGCGUUUAAACUUGGCAAAAAGUCAUUUUUGCGCCGCAAAGCACAAAGCGUGCAUAUCUGUAAGAAAAUGUCUAUAAAUGUAACAUAUAAAAAUAUAUUAUAAUGAGACACUUGAUUAACGUA